UCCCUCCGUUGGCUGGCUUUCCCCACAAUACCAUACUCGAGGACCGUAUCCUUCUCCCCCUUUCCCCCCGGUACAAGUGACUUACUCUGCCGGUACUGUAAGGUACUCUAAUCGUACAGUAUCCUGAAGUACCGUACGGUAGGCUGAGAAAAUAAAAAAAAUAGAAAGUCGCGUCUUCCCAGCUCAACCAACUUCGACCCGACCUGAAACUCCCCCCCCCCUUUCCCCCUCUACGGUGCACAAUACCGGCAUCACCUCCUGGAAGUAUAAACUUAGUUACCGUACACCUUGAAAGUCGUGCAAUUUAUUGGGAAAAAAGAAAAACCCGGCGUGCAGGGAGAGAAGUUCCUCAGUAGCGAUAUUAUACUUUGUUGUUUUUUCUUCCCUCGAUAAAUUCGGACGAGUGCGGUACCGCUACGAUAGAAAGGUUAAUGGCAGCCAACGACGACCUCACAAGAAUUCUCCAAAUCCUAGCAGCAUCGGCACCGCAACCGCCGCCUCCGGUCCGUAGUGGUGAAGAUGAUGAUUCGUAUAGCCCCCCUCCAGCCGUCACGCCGGACCCGAGACAGACCUACCCUCCUCCGUCUGCUCAUGUCUCCGGGGAGGCCCUUGAUCCGAGCAAGAUUGAGGAGUGGAAUGCGGCAUUGAGGUAUGUUAUGAGGGAGCUGUGUAAGAAUGAGGCUAUCAUGUCUGGCAUCAAAAAGGUGGGCACACAUUGGAGCGGGAGGGAUAUGGGGUGGCUAUGGGCAGGCGGAAAGGGAGGUAAGGCUAACGGAUAGUUAUAGAUGAUCAAUUCUCAGCAUGAGCAUGAGAAGGCAUGGUACGUAGCUCUGUCAAGGGACCGAUUAUAUAAUGGGUAUCUUUGUUGACUGCGACCAGGUUCCAUGCCAGGGAGGAAAUAGUCAACAGGCACAAAGCGCGGGAGGAGAGUGGAAAGAAGGUUGAAGACGUCUUGUGAGUUUCCUUCCUUACUCACCUUCCCACUAUCACGUUUACUGAACUCUCCUCCUAGACGCAAACUCGGCACCUUACCGCUUGCUCAGCAAGCUAUAGUUCAACCAGUGAGCACAAUACCUUACCCUAGCCCCCCUCCCCCCCACUCGGCUUGCCAACUGCUGACGCGAACAUCGCAGACCGCUGAGAGCGCGGCCGAAGAGCUCGCCAUAUUCGACAGGAAGGUCUACACCCGCAGCGAGCAGAUGGUAGCCCACAUGACGAGGGAAUUCGGCUCGAUGGGGAUUCCAUUCUUUUGCCAUCCAAGUUCCGCAGGACCCGAGAUGCUGGACAGAAAGCGCCGGAUGGUGGAGUUGCUCCAGGACUUGAGCGAAUAA